GAGAGAGACGGGGAUACACAUCGACUGAUAGUCUCCAGAAAUCAGGAGCGUGCAUUGACUGCUUUCGGACAGGGCAUGGAAGGGAUGCAGGCAAAGAUACAGAGAAGCAAAUUAUCUUCAGGUGACACUUUGAGCCGAUAUUCCGCCGUGUUUGUCUUCCUCGCCUGUGUGGGUGUUGCCAGCUGGAAGCAAACGGCCUCUGCCCCCCUGAGCCCCGGAACCACAGACUGGCCGGCGACCUCAGUGCAACUGCCCAACCUCAAUCAGAGCCGGGAGUCGCCAGGACCAGUGACCAGCAGCUGGAGGACAACGCGGAGAAGGUUCAUCCGCUUCACCCUCAACAACGAUGAGUACGAGGACUACGAGGAGGAAGAGGCCACGCCGCCGCCCACCCGGAGGGGUCCCCUGCCCCGCUGCGACUACAACCCUUGCAGCCACAUGCAGGUGCCUUGCGAGGAACUGCAGCGCGCCCAGCCCUGCCUCUGUCCCGGGAUCUCGGGCGAAGACAUCCCGCCGGAGCAGCCCAGGAUCCGGCGGGUGACGGGGACGUCGGACUCCGAGGCCAGCGUGCACUGGUGCGAGCCGUCCUCGGUGGUGAGCGGUUACCGCCUGGUGUUCUGGCCGGAGGGCGCCUCGGAAAACGUGACCACCCAGCUCAUCCCCAGCCGCCAGCGCCUCUUCACCCUGGCCGGCUUGGAGGCGGCCACCACCUAUGUGGUCUGCGUCCUGGCCUUCAACCCGGCCGGCGCCAGCCAGCUCACCAAGCGGGACCUGGACGGGGCGGAUCCCGGGGCGGGACCCUGCCUCGUUUUUGCCACCGGCUCCACCCGCAGGCUGAUCCUCUACAUCGGCGUCACCAUCUGCCUCCUCGUCCUGCUCAGCGUCCUCUGCGUCCUGCUGAGGUGCCUCUGCGCCAAGCACCGGGAUCCCCCGACCCCCUCAUCGGUCGCCCUCGGCUUGCGCAACCCGAUCUACGAGCACGACAAGGGCACCUCGCAGUCCUAGCUUGUGCCCAGGGUGGUGUUGGAUACCGAAGCCCACCCGGUUCCCCUGGCGUGGUUGCUGAGCCCCCGCGGCAGUGGGGGUAGGGAGGUGGAGGGGUGGGCGAGGAUCUAAUGGCAGGACUUCAAUGUUCUGGGCUACCCCCAGCAAUGCCAGGAAAAGGCUCCUGGAAGUCGGGUAAGAACCUGGGAGCAGGAGUGGGCCACUCGGCCCCUCGACCCUGUCCCACUAUCACUUCUACCUCUUGUAGUCUAAUUCCUUUAAUAAUCAGAAAACUACUGGUCGUUCUUCUGAAUGCACUCGGUGACGGAGUCUCCACAGCCCCUCUUGGGCAGAGAAUUCCAAAGAUUCGCCACCUUCUGGGUGAAGAAAUCUGCACCUUCCCUGCAACCGGCCUGUCAGGUCCCGUAAGCAGCUGCUAGAGGGAACUCAGUGCGUCAGGCAGCAUCUGACCCGCCGAGUGGAGGGGAAUGGACAGUCGACAUUUCGGGUCAAGGCCCUUCAUCUGGACUGAGAUAGCGGGGAGAUGGCCGGUAUAAAGAGGUGAGGGGAGGGUUGGAGAAGAAUAGUGGAUCCAUUUGAGGAGGCAAGAGUGGAAUUAGCUGGGAGGUGAUGGGGCAAAGGCACGCAGAAUGAUAGAAUCUGACAGGAGAGGAGGGUGGACCGUGGUACCAAAUAAGGGAGGUGGGGUCUCUUGUGUCUGCAAGUCCUUUAAGAAUUGUUUCAAUGAGAUCUCCUCUCAUUCUUCUAAACUCUGGAGAGCACAGGUUCCGUCUUCUCAAUCUGUUCUCACACAGCAAACCUGCAUCCCUGGAAUUAGUCUGUUGUAUCUUGCUGCAUUCCCUCUGUAAUCCUAUUUUAAUUAACGAGAACAAAUUGGACACAAUAUUCCAGGUGAGGUCUCACCAAGAACCUAUACAAUUGUAGUACGACGUUCUACCUCAUCCAUCCAGGGCAGCCCUGUCCAACAACGUGCUCGUCGCAUCACUCGACAGGGGGAGUAAGGUGGGGCAAAGUCCAGGUGAAUGAACCCCAAGCUGUUUCAUGUGUCCUACACAAGCCCACAUUCUGUACACCCACUUCUUUGGUCUUGCUUCAUACUUUGUGCUGUCAGCACCGUCCUCAGGCAAUCUAACGGACGGCCGAUUUUGUCAGCUGGACGCCAGCCCCUCAUCAUGUUGUGGAGGGAAUGAGAGAACUGUGAGUUAGUGACGCUCAUGGCCCAACUUAAUUCUGCUUUAAGGGUGAGGGAGGGCAAUGAAUCAAAGCCUGUUGUACCAGACCCUAUUGUGUUCCCUCAUCCAAGUGCAGCCCCCCCCCCCCCCUCCGUCACCCUUCAUCGCUGAGUUUUUCCUGCUCAGGUGUGUCCAUCACAACCAAGAGCAAGCUUUGUGGGAUAGACUGAUGGCCAAAGAGUUUCUAUUCAUUAGGAGUGGCACAGAGGUGCACCGGGGAGAGCUGCUGCUUCACAGCUCCAGCGACCUGGGUUCAAUCCUGACCUCAGGUGCUGUUUGUGUGGAGUUUGCACGUUCUCCCUGUCACUGCGCGGGUUUCCCCCACAUCCCAAAGGCAUGCAGGUCAGUGGGUUAAUUGCCCCCAGUAUAUAGGUGAGUGGUAGAACCUGGGGGGGGGUCUUUGUGGGGAAAAUUAAGAGGGGAAUGGGAAUGAGCUGGUAGGGACUCGAUGGGCUGAAAGUGCCUUCCUCUCUGCCGUAAGGAAAUAGUGUUAACUGCCCUCAGGUUGAAUUCCUCCCUCCUGCCUGCUCUUAUCAGAGCAGGUUACUGCACAUAUUCCUAUCUGAUGACUUUGUCCGUCUGCGCCUGCCAGUCAAGUGGCCAAGCAGACAAGAGGGGAAGAAUGCUGAGCAAUAACAUGGCUCAGGGGUGUGGAUGCAGGUAUCUGACGGCAUAGCUGGAGAAUAUGUCAUGUGUGACGUGUUUCAGAUUCACCGUGCGGUCCAUGACUCACAAGCUCCUGCCGAAAAUUUGGGAGGAACUUCAAAAACUGGUAGCUGACUGGCAGCCAAAAUUGGGGAAAGUUGCUGUUUGAUUAAUUGCAGUAAUUUGCAGUGUCAGCAGGUUACGUUUGUAAAAUGGCUCACGCUACUUGAGCACUUUUUUUCUUAACAGAAUGUUUAAACCGUAACAUUGACUCCUGUCUGUGGAGUGUUUUACAGAAGUAACUGCUGCUUCUCAUUCAAUACAUGUACUUCUGUGAACCGCUCCAAUCUCUGCUCCAAUCCAACAUGACGUGGGUUUGAGAUCAGGAAGUGCUACAGAGACAGGUGGGUUGUGUGUUUAACAUAGAACAGUACAGCACAGGAAAGGCCCUUCAGCCCAUGAUAGUGUGCCAAACUAAUUAAACUAAUCCCUUCUGCCUGCACAUGGUGCAUAUCUCUCCAUUCUCUGCAUAUUCAUGGAUCUAUCCAAGAGCCUCUUAAACACCUCUCCCAUAUUUGCUUCCACCCCCCACCCCUGGCAGCACAUUCCAGGCACCCACCACUCUCUGUGUUAAAACAAACUCCUCUGAACUUUCCCUCUCUCACCUUAAAUGCAUGCCCUGUAGUAUUAGACAUUUCUACCGUGGGAAAAAGAUAUCAGCUGACUACCUAUGCCUCUCAUAAUCUUAUCUGUCAGGUCUCCCCUCAGCCUCUGCCACCCCAGAGAAACCAACCUAAAUUUGUUCAACCUCUCCUUAUAGCACAUACCCUCUGAUCCAGACAGCAUCCUGGUGAAGCUCUCCUGCACCCUCUCCAAAGCCUCCACAUCCUUCCUGUAAUGUGGUGACCAGAAUUGAAUGCAAUACUCCAGAUGCAGCCUAACCAGAGUUCUGUAAAGCUGCAACAUAACUUCCUGACUCUUGAACUCAGUGCCUCAACUAAUAAAGGCAAGCAUGCCGUAUGCGUUCCCUACACCCUGUUGACUUGUGCAGCCAACUUGUUGGGGUUUUGAGGAUGUGUGGGUGGACAGCAAACCCCGGGGGGCUAAGAGGAGGCUGGAAAACAUCAGGGCAGCUGAGGUGGAGGUCAGAGGCCCUCGGACUGGCAGAGAUGGAAACUCGAGAUCCUGGGAACGGCAAAGAGGGAGGGCAGAGACCUGGGAGUGGGUCAAGUUACUCAGCUCAUUGGGCCAGAGACACGGAGUUAACGUUUCCAGUUGGAGACCCUUCAUCGGAACUGGGAUUGUAAGAAAACAAGCUAACAUUGUAGAAAGGGUGUGGGAGGGAUGGAAAGGACAAAGUAAAUAUCUUGGGUGAGGCUACAUUUGUCUAGAUGAUUCCAAUGUUUACGGAGCUGAAGGGUUAACAGGGGAAGUUAUACAGUAUGGAACAGGCCCUUCGGCCCAACUUGUCCAUGCCACCCAAGGUGUCUUCCUGAGCUGGUUCCAAUCGGAAACGUUAGCCCUGUUUCUCCACAGACCUGCUGAGUGUUUCCAGGUUUUUCUGUUCUUAUUUUGCAUCUCCAGCAUCUGAGGAUUUUUAAAAAAUUCUAUUGGUGCAGAGGGCUGGUAAUGUGGAAUUUGCAAGAAUGCAUCUUAGAUGGGACUUGGACCUGUUGAGCUCCUUAUUUGUCUGCUGCUCUGUUCUGCUGCAGACUCUGGAAGGUCAUGGAGUCAAACAGGACAAAAGCAGGCCCUUCGGCCCAUUAGAUCCAUGCCAACCUUCAAACGCCCAUCUAUACUAAUUCCAUUUACCAGCACUUGGCCCUGUCAUCUUCUAUGCCUUGGUGACUCAAGUGCUUGUCUUGAUGCUUCGUAGAUGUUGUGAGAGUCUCAGUCUGUACUCCUUCAGGCAGUUGUGUUCCAGAUUUCGACCACCCUCUGAGUGAAAAGAAUUCUUCCUCAGAUCCCUUCUAAACCUCUUUCCCCUACCUUAAAGCCAUGUCCUCUGGUUUUAUGGACCUCUGCUAUGGGGAAAAGUUUCAUACCAUCUGCCUCAUCUAUGUCCCUCAUAAUUUUGUGGUCUGAAGCCCGAAGUGCUUGCAAGGUCAUGUAUUAUUGUCUGCCAGAUUAUCUCAAUCAACUGGGCUGGGGAUUCUGUGUGGUGCUGGUGGUGGGGGUGUACUAAAGAGAUCUUUUGAGGUACCCAGGUCCCUCCAUUAUUUCACCUGCAGGGCUCUGGACCAAUCGCAAGGGAGUGGGAUUAACCUGAAGUGCACUGUUAGCUAGAAAGGACAUGAUGGGCCAAAUGGCCUCUGAUAAAUUUCUAUGAUUUCUCAGUACAUGUAUGUAUUAAUGUCUGUUAGUCAUUGUAUGAUCUGGAAAUGAUUUUGAUUCCUAAUAAAUCUUUCUGUACUAUGAUUUCUCAAUACAUGUACAUAUUAAUGUCUGUUAGUCAUUGUAUGAUCUGGAAAUGAUUUUGAUUCCUAAUAAAUCUUUCUGUACAGUUUUGAUAUUAAUAAACAUAUUUGUGUAAAUCUCUCUCU